AUGGCGAAGCGGUUAUCAUCCUUAUUUUCCCUGUCGCGCGAUUCCGCCGACAAAAUCAAUCCCGAUUCACCUCCAACGAUGCCCGCUGCGACUACUGUUUCUCCUCAUAUUGCACCUCAGUCUACUAGCCACGCUAUAUCACACAAACUGCACAAGCACCGCAUUACCUCUUCCUCCGAGGUCGAUCUCAACGCUGACUUGCCCCCACUUGCGCCUCCUCCUCUUCUCUCCGACUCUGGCGCAGUGCGUCCUCCGAGCAGCCAUCAUAGCGCAGCCGAUAGUGUUCCUGGAAGUCGGAAUAGCAGUCCCCAUAGUCUGGUACGGAGCAGGGAUGCUAGCAGAAGUCGACCUCAGACACCCAACUUGUUGAUACCACCCGGUACGGCUGGCUCCCCGUGUCAUCCUGCAACUCCUCCCUCCGCGAAGAUCGCAAAGAAGAAGAGUUGGCUCCAUGGAAAAGCAGAUAAACACAAAUUUGCCGACGGCGAAGGGCCUUCCAAGGCGUGGAUCGCUGGCUUACGGGAGCAUGUUGCAUACGACCUCACGCCGCUGUUGAAGGGUGACAGAGUUACGGAACUCUGGAGUGAUUAUGGCGAUACAGUCGUAUACCUCUAUCCCCCGUCCUCGGGAAAAGGGCCUUGUUUCCGUAUCGACUCUACUCUUCUCGCCGACUCAAGGUCGCUCGUCAAUCUGCGAAUGAAUUCUCCAACGUCACCAGUGGAGAGGAACAGCGACAUUCCUCAGAUGCAGACAGCGUUUUCUGAAAUGUCAAUGAGCCCAUUGCAACCACGUCCAUCGUCACAAGGGAGCUCGAUUUACCGUCCCACAAAUUUCUCUGUCCCCAAUAUCGUCACUUCGAUCAAUCAAGAGAAGCAUGUCUAUCUGCCCCUGGGGUUUGAAGUAGACAUAUCGCAACCAGGGACAGAGCUGCACGGGGAUGAUCUCGAACUUGUAGUCCUUUAUCGCAAUUUCUUUGCCUUUCUCGCUGGUGGCGCCUUGGUCGCGACGCCUAGACAAGUGACUCUGUUUUCCAUAUUCAUGGGAAUCAGCAGCAUCCUCAAGAGGUUUUCGUUUUCGAAUGCAGACGGCUCUACAUGGGGGGAUGUGCCCUACAACAGCUUUUCGCGAUAUUGUGAUGAGCUCCGACUGGCUGAUGUGAGGUCCAGUCGUGAAAAGACCAUCGAGGCCAUAGUGCUCGGGGAGCACCUCAAAUCAUGGCCGUUGUACAAUGAAGGAUUCUGCCACGCCGUCGGUCGCCUCGCAGACAUCAAGUCAAUCAAAAGUCCAAAGUACGAGAAAAUGUCACCGAUCACGAUAAACCGGUUGGAGCGAGCCCAGAUCGACAUGGAGCAAAGGCUGUUAACGGUCAAGGGCAAACUCGAAGACUUCGACUUCCCUUCCAUGUUUGCUGGGAUCGCCAACUCACAGACUUCGACUGAAGCUAAACUGAUUCGGUUUAAGGAAUGGAAAACCGCUUUUCUAGACUUUAGACGAUUUACUAUGGCCUAUCUACGCCGACGUUACGGUGCUUGGCCUCCCAAAGCGUCCUCGAAAAAGAACAACUUUGAGGAAAGCGGCCUUAAUCGGAUAUUGUUACAGGAGCUGUACAAAGACUUUACAGACUUGUACGACAUCUUUGUGGACCGUUCAGCGAUUACGACAAGGACUGUCGACAUGGCGCCAAUGGCCGAAGAUGCCGAAACUGAUGACCAGAAUGAAACAAUACAACAUGCGCUCCGAAGGGUCGAGAGUGAAUAUGAUCGAGCCACACCACCAGUCAUUCCCCCUAUCCCGUUCGAUACGCCGUUGAUUCCACAAUUCUCCAACAGUUUUAAUCGUCGCCAUGUGGUAAUAUCUGACAAAUCGGCCGCUCAAAGCAAAAAGCUGAAAGAGAACGAGAUCAACGAGGUGCUGUUGGGGUCCUACAACCGCGAGUCGAUCGUCGCCAGCACCUUCAUUCAAGAUUUCUUCAGUUACGAACGUCAACUUGGUCGAGGAAAGACCCUUGAUCAGGUCGUAGACGCGCGAUGUGGGCAAUGGCUGUUCAUGUACGCCGUCCUUCAGGCUCUUCCCAUGACUGUGGUCGACGCUAGGGACCUGAAGCAUACCGAAGGUGUGGAAUAUUUCCUGUGCGUCGCACCCAGAGGAGGGCGACCCUGGAUGAAGGAAGAUCAGUCCACUUCUCGAGCAUGGUACAAUGUGGCCAGUGGCGGUGGCUACGUGAGUCUUCCAGCAGACCUGAUUGAUCACAGUGUUGAAGGGAUUUACAGACGGAGCCACUGCUGGACAGCCGCUACAAAGUGGCUUGAAGAUUCGCCUGGAGAAGGAACCACGGAAACAUCCCAGCGCGUGGAUGGCAAUGGGCACCAGCUGCAACUGCGGCCUGCCAGCGCAUAUUCACCGUAUGCGAGUCCCGCCCAAUCUCCUUAUGUCAGUCCCCUACACUCACCGCUACUGCGCCCGGCAUCUCCUACUGGCUCUGGCGAUUUCCGCAGCCUCAGUCGAGAUCGAAGUUCGGUCAAUUUGGGCCUGGAAGCCAUGGAUGCGCCACCUUCAUACCGCAAUAGCUCUCGAACCCCCUCAACGCUGAAUCCGAACAUCACUUUUGACGCGAUUUUGGGCACUACAGACGAACCGACAAAAGGAAAGGGGAAGAAGGGCAAGAAGUGA